AUGCUUGGUCAGAACUACAGCACCAUGUCUGAAUUUAUCCUCUUUGGCUUCUCAGCCUUCCCCCAGAAACUCCUCCCCAUCUUGUUCCUGCUGUACCUCCUGAUGUACCUGUUCACAUUGCUGGGGAACCUUCUCAUCAUGGCUACAGUCUGGAUUGAACACAGACUUCACACACCCAUGUACCUCUUCUUGUGUGCCCUCUCCAUCUCUGAGAUUCUGUUCACUGUUGCCAUCACCCCUCGUAUGCUCGCUGAUCUGCUCUCCACCCAUCAUUCCAUCACCUUUCUGGCUUGUGCCAGCCAGAUGUUCUUCUCCUUCACGUUUGGCUUCACUCACUCCUUCCUUCUCAUGAUCAUGGGCUAUGAUCGCUACGUGGCCAUCUGCCACCCACUGCAUUACAACAUGUUCAUGAGCCCCCGUGGCUGUGCCCAUCUUGUGGCCUGGACCUGGGCUGGUAGCUCAGUCAUGGGGAUGAUGGUGACAAUGAUAGUUUUUCACCUCACUUUCUGUGGGUCUACUGUGAUCCGACAUUUUGCCUGCCAUGUGCUUUCCCUCUUGAAGUUGGCCUGUGGGAACAACACAUCAUCUGUCAUCAUGGGUGUGAUGCUGGUGUGUGUCACAGCCCUGGUAGGCUGUUUACUCCUCCUCAUCCUCUCCUAUGUCUUCAUUGUGGCUGCCACCUUGAGGAUUCCCUCUGCUGAGGGCCGGCACAAGACUUUCUCCACGUGUGUAUCCCACCUCACUGUGGUGGUCGUGCACUAUAGUUUUGCCUCCAUUAUCUACCUCAAGCCCAAGGGCCUCCAUUCUACGUACGGUGACGCCUUGAUGGCCACCACCUAUACUGUCUUCACCCCCUUCCUUAGCCCGAUCAUUUUCAGCCUGAGGAACCAGGAGCUGAAGAAUGCCAUACGUAAACACUUUUGCAGAAAAUUCUGUCCUCUAAGCUCCUGA